GGAAUUCUUCCGAUAUAUUCAGGAUUGUGGCCUUCGUCGUCGUGGUUUGGUACGUGGUGAGUGACGUGAGGCUCCGGUGAGCCGGUGAGCGCGGCUGCCAUGCGCGCUCCGGCGCUGCCGCACGUGACCGCCUGCCGCGACCGCACCGCCGAGCUGGCCGCCGUGCUGCGCUCCCUGCGCGAGCGCCAGCUGGCGCCGGCGCCGGCCGGUCACGCCGCGCGCCCGGCCGGCCUCCUGCCACACGUCCAGUUCAUGGCCAUUGCGAAGCUGAUCGGCAGGGAUGUCGCGCAGACGUACGCCAAGCUGGAGAAGCUGACGCUGCUGGCCAAGCGAAAGUCCAUAUACAACGACCGGCCGCUGGAGAUUGAGGAGCUGACACACAUCAUAAGGCAGGACAUGGCCAGUUUGAACAAGCAGAUCCUGCAGCUGCAGGAGUUGGGCCGCGCCCGCACGCCGGCCGCUGGCCAGCACGUGCAACACUUCUCCAGUAACGUGGUGGUGACGCUGCAGUCCAAGCUGGCUGCCAUGUCGAACCAGUUCAAAGGCGUGCUGGAGAGACGCACGGAGAGCCUGCGCCAGCAGCGGCGGCGGCGGCAGCAGUUCUCGGGCAGCAGCGUCAGCGCCAGCCUGCCGCCGUCGGCGCUGAGCGGCUGCCACCGCGGCUCGGUGCUACUCGCCGACGAGGAGGCGGCCGCCCGCGCGCACGCGGCCAUCGACAUGAACGGCGCCGCCGCCUCCCUGCAGAUAUUCGCCGAGGAGCAGGAUGCGUUCCUAUACGAAAGCCGCUCGGAGGCGAUGAAGAAUAUCGAGUCGACGGUGGUGGAGCUGGGUACCAUCUUCCAGCAGCUGGCCCACAUGGUCCAGGAGCACGGCGAAAUGGUGCAGAGGAUUGACGCCAACGUGGAAGACACGUCGGUCAACGUGGAGGCGGCGCACUCUGAGAUCCUCAAGUAUUUCCAGUCGGUCUCCUCCAACCGCUGGCUUAUGGUCAAGGUGUUCGGGGUCCUCAUCACCUUCUUCCUCGUCUUCGUCAUCUUCCUGACGUAGCAGGACGCCUGCGUUGCUGAGUCUUCGGAUGCGUGCGGCGUGGAAGGUGGUGGAGAGAAUUGAUAUUUGAGUAUGUGUAGGGACCAUCGUGUGUUUAGCUGGCUCUGUGGGGUGUUGCCGCCAACAUGAUGUAAGUUGGGGACAUGCGCAGCGAUGCGGCUAGAUGUGUAUGAAUCACACCAAUGCAUGCGAUGGGUAAGGAGUGCGGUGCGCCCAUCAGCUACUUCAAAUCAGUGCAUGCUGUGUGUUGUGCUUUUGGUGAUACCUUCCCAGAUCGCCCAUAGAUAGGUCACAUUGGCGUAGUCCACGUAUGUAUGUAUCGGCAUAAUUUAUGUCCCUGAGCACGUUUGGAGCCUGACUACCGUGAUGAUGCUAUAUGGAACAUUUGCUUGUCAGCCUUGGUAUAUUUUAAAACACCACACUUUCGCCAUGUGAUGUGAUGAAUUCCCUGUGAUGGAAGCAUAUAAUGCGGGCUCCUUGCAGAGGCUGGUACACUGAGUGCUAGGAGUCAGUGUCUAUCGUAUUGGACUUUAUGUGUCCAUAAACACCUGACGCUCCUUGCAUUAGUCAAGUUGAACAAAUAGAACAGGGCGUGGUUAGAACAAAACUUUAAGGUCAUAAGAUUGGGUGAUGAAGAAAGGAUAUGAUAGGAUCAAGGCGAGCGCACGUAUUCCUCCACUGGCAUUACUUGUGGAAUCGAGACGCAACAAAGAUUAACGUGCGGAAGUAAAUGUAUGCAUUACGCAUACUAGACGUUGGUCUGUGCUGCCGCUGACGUGUGUUGCGUGAGGCUGAUUCAUGGGUGAUAGCGGAGGGGUGAGCAUAACCGGAGCCGGUGCUGCUGCCGACUGUGGCCUCUCGUCCGGACGUUGUGUGGCCGGAGCCCGUGCUGCUGCCGACUGUGACCCCUGGUCCGGACGUCCGGCGCAGGCUGUUG